UUCGGUAACCCGACGCGAUGGUGUCACGUCACUAGUCACUCUAGCCAGCCAGUGUUAAUGUUCAGGCCGGUGGGGGUGUACGCGUCGCCAUACUGUUUACGCGGGAAACACGCGUGUUAACAACUUAAACUUUUUCUCGAUGAAAUAAACCACAGAUUCCAUAAAAAAUUGUGUUCAAAUUUUGAAUCACCGAGUUCUAUUCGAAUUGUGUUUAAAAAGUUAUAAGUGUGUGUGAAUUAAAAAAAAAAUAAUAAUAAUAAAGUGAUGCUUUUAGUGUUUUUCGGUAAUAAUACCGAUGAUAGAUGAAAAACUGCGGUGUAGUGAAAGACCUACUAAAAUGAAACUCGUGUAAGAUAAAAUGGUAGAGGAGGUCGUUCACACGAUCCUCCCGAUAAAUUCAACAAAGACGUUUGACAAUGAAGAAACUAUUUCAAAUUCGGACACAACACAAGUUAAAGAAGAUAAAAAUGCACAAGAUGCUGUCGAAAAACGACGUGAAGUUGUGGACAAUGCUAAAACACACCAGAUUAAAAGAAACAACAAACCAGUAAAAAUAGUAAAAAUCCCAUUAUUAUUAUCAUUCCUUAUUUUCUAUGUAUGUGUUAUAAAUGUGAUAAUUACGUGUGAUCUUAGUGUUAAUGAUGUAAAUAUAAAGACGUUCAAUGAAAAUCAAGCAACAUACGGCGCACAUUCAUUUUCUAGAGAUAAAGUAAAACGUGGACAUAAACAUGAUUUGCACAGCAGAAAUCUUAGAAAAGAACGCACUCCACAAAGAGAAACAGAUACUCAAGAAAAACUCGAUAAAUACUCUGGCGCAAAAUAUUACGAUUAUUUCAAACAUAAUGAUCAACUUACUAAUGUUACUGAAUUCCCAUACAGUUCCGAUAUGUCGAAAUUUUUUUACAAGGACUCUGUGGGAGUUCCACAUGAAUUAGCAUAUUCUGCAUACAACGUUAAGAAAACCAAUUUCAAUUUGAGGCCUGAGAGACAUCAGUUUCAUCAAAAAAUUGUGAAAUUGGGUGUAUUAUUACCAGCUGACCCAAGACAAGUGUUUUCUUUGGCGAAGGUGUUGCCUAUCUUAGAAAUGGCUGUGCCAGCGGUAACUAAACCCGAUGGACCUUUGCCUGGAUGGAAAAUUCUAGUAGAUUAUAGAGACACAGGAUGUUCAUCUGUGGAAGGACCACUAGCUGCAUUUGAAUUCUAUAUAAAUGAAUCCGCCGAUGCCUUCAUCGGACCGGGAUGCGAGUACGUGAUAGCUCCCGUAGCUCGUUAUGCGGGUCCAUGGGGUAUUCCAGUACUUACGGCUGGUGCACAAGCUGAGGCCUUUAGCUAUAAGCACCCCAGUUACAUGACCUUAACUAGAAUGAUGGGAAGCUACAUCCAGGCCGGUGUUGCUAUUCGGAAAGUUUUCGAGGAAUUCAACUGGCGAAAGCUCGGCAUGCUUUACCACAACAACGACCCUACAACUGGACAAGGCAACAGUCCCUGCUUUUUAACUCUUAGUGCUGUAUUCACAGUUCUAAAGACUAAAGGAUCUGGAGCUACUAUUCCUAAUAUUCCAUUCGACGAAACGAACACCACAACAACCAAGCUGAAGCAACUUCUUCAAAAAUUGUCUUUAAACACCAGAAUUGUCGUGGUCUGCGCGAAUCCGAGCACAGUCAGGGAAAUAAUGCUAGCUGCCGACGAUCUCAACAUGGUUUCUUCAGGAGAGUACGUGUUCUUCAAUAUUGAAUUGUUUUCAAAUUUGGCAUCGGCGUCAUCGAAGGAGCCGUGGAAAGUUGAAGGUGAUACAGAUGAGAGGAACGAGAGAGCCAAACGCGCGUACAGCGCUGUCCUCACCGUCACCAGCCCUGCACCAGAAAAGAAAGAAUAUCAUGAAUUUUCUGAUCAGGUUAAGGAGUUGGCGGCUACAAAAUAUAAUUACACAUUCGGAAAAGGCGAAGUGGUGUCGACCUUCGUGGGAGCAUUCUAUGAUGCAGUACUUCUGUAUGCAUUAGCACUAAACGACACUCUGAGAGAAGCGGAUAGCAAAGGACCGCUAGAUGGCGCUGCAGUUAUUAAGAACAUGUGGAAUAGGACAUUUCAAGGUAUCACCGGCGAAGUUAUAAUCGAUGGGAACGGGGACAGGGUUGCUUCGUAUUCGCUUCUGGAUAUGAAUCCCGAAACAAGUAAAUUUCAGGUAGUAGCGACGUAUGUAGCUGCAAACUCGUCCCUUCAGUUCAUCCCGGACCGGCCGAUCCACUGGGCUGGAGGCCGACUCACCCCACCGCCUGAUACCCCCGAGUGUGGGUUCGAUGGCUCCUUGUGUCCUGAUAAUUCCCUACCAGUUUACGCGAUACUGAGUAUCGUACUCAGCUCUGUGGUGGUGGUUCUGGCGAUUUUAUCAGUGUUUAUAUACAGGCAUUACAAGUUGGAAGCGGAGAUAGCAAUGAUGACGUGGCGCGUCAGCUGGACAGACGUGCUGCACCCUAGCGGCAGAUUCCGUGGCAGCAUGCAUUCUCUAGCACGCAGAUUCAGUACUGGAACUGGUUAUUCCGAUGAGGCCGCUUCAUUGCCGGGCGACAGGCAAGUCUUCGCCCCGUGUGGCUUCUACAAAGGCUGCCGCGUUGCUAUUAAGAAAGUGGACAAACAGCGCAUAGACCUCACCAGACCACUACUGCUGGAACUGAAGAAAAUGAAGGAUUUAGAACAUGACCAUUUGGCCAGGUUUUACGGAGCUUGUGUGGACCCGCCACACUGUUGCCUACUCACAGAGUACUGUCCCAAAGGAUCCCUUCAAGAUAUACUUGAAAAUGAAAACAUAAAAUUAGAUUGGAUGUUCAAAGUCAGUCUGAUGCAUGACAUUGUGAGGGGCAUGCAUUACCUUCAUGGGACGGACAUCAGAUCUCACGGUGCCCUGAAAUCUAGCAACUGCGUUGUAGACUCCCGAUUUGUUUUAAAAAUCACCGACUUUGGACUCCACGCUUUGAGGAGCUGCGAGAAAGACUCAAGAGCGCAUAGCUACUGGACUCGUUUGUUGUGGACAUCACCGGAGCUACUCCGUAUGUCAGACCCACCGCCUGAAGGUACGCAGAAGGGUGACGUGUAUUCCUUUGGAAUAAUCAUGCACGAGAUUGUCAACAGACAGGGUGUGUUCUGGUUGGGACCAGGCAUUGAAAUGUCCCCUAAAGAAAUUGUUGACACCGUAAUAGGAAGCGGUAUUCGACCGAAUGUAACCAAUCUUCGAUCGUGCGAGGCUGACGAUGCCGCAGAACUGAUGAGGAAGUGUUGGGCUGAGGACCCUGCGGAGCGACCGGACUUUGCUCACCUUAAGAUAGCGAUCCGACGCCUCAAUAAGACUCAAGAAAGUAGUAAUAUUUUGGAUAAUUUGCUUUCACGUAUGGAACAAUAUGCAAAUAAUUUAGAGUUCUUAGUAGAUGAACGUACCCAAGACUAUUUGGAAGAGAAGAAGAAAUGCGAAGAGUUAUUGUACCAGUUGUUACCAAAGUCUGUGGCAUCUCAACUGAUCAACGGCCUCUCAGUUGUAGCCGAGACGUUCGAACAGGUCACCAUCUACUUCUCCGAUAUUGUCGGCUUCACGGCUCUCUCUGCGUCCUCCACGCCGAUGCAAGUUGUCGAUCUACUUAACGAUUUGUACACGUGUUUCGAUUCGAUUGUUGAAAACUAUGACGUUUACAAAGUGGAGACAAUAGGUGAUGCGUACAUGGUGGUAUCUGGUCUUCCUGAGAGGAACGGCACACGGCACGCGUGUGAGGUGGCGCGGAUGUCACUGGCUCUGCUGGAUGCUGUGAGAAGGUUCCGCAUCAGGCACAGACCUCACGAUCAGCUCAAGCUGAGGAUUGGUUUGCAUUCUGGUCCCUGUGUUGCCGGCGUCGUUGGUCUCAAGAUGCCUCGAUACUGUUUAUUUGGUGACACAGUCAACACGGCAUCUCGGAUGGAGUCGAAUGGUGAAGCUCUCAAAAUUCAUGUAUCUCCGGAUACAAAAGCUCUGUUGGAUACGUUCGGAACGUUCCAUCUGGAGUGUCGGGGCGAAGUAGCUAUGAAGGGAAAAGGAAUUCUAGUCACAUAUUGGUUGUUAGGUGAAAAAGUCGAUCCAAAUGCACCUAAAGAAAAACCUUCGUUGACCAAACACCAAACACAGUCAUCAGAGAGUGGUUCUCUGUCACACUUAACACCUUUCAGACAGCGAUUAGACCAUGGGUCCCGUUCGUCUAGUAGAAGAGGCUCUGGCAUAUUCUUACAAAAACAAAAUGACACUAGCAAACUAGAGAAAUUAGAAAAAGAAGCUACACCGCUAUUGCAAAAUCUUAAAAUCCAGAGACAGCAUUCAGAUCCACUUGAGCCUGUAGCUAAUGGAAUUACAGACAAUAGUGAGGACCUAGAAAAAAUAAGUGUAACGAAUUCCAUAUCACUGAAUGUAAAUUCGUUGAAUCACAACUCAGUCAGUCAUGGACAGCCAAAAGUGAAACUGAAGGACUGUCAAAUGAAUUCAGUUGGAAAUCAUAAAUCGAAUAAGGUAGGUAAUAAUAAUUGGAUAGCAAAGAUACCGACAGCUAGUUCCUUUGAUAAUGGCUCUAAAAAAGUAAAUGAGCAUUUGAAAGAUUAUAGCAGUGUACCAUUGUUGUCUAAGGCUGAUACACUGAAUGAUUCAAUAGUGUGACUUUAUACUUAAUGUAUUUCCAGUAGCUAAUGUUACUGAAUUAUUUAAUUUAUUAUAGACUGCAUAUUUUUCUUUGAUAGUAUUAUGAUCAGAAGUAUAAUUUAAAUUUACAUAAAUAGUUUAAUUGAUGCAGAUGAAAACUUAAAACUUAGAAUAUAAGAAAAAAAAGCCAUCCUUUCACUAAAUUAAGUAUAAUUGAAUUAUAAUUCUGGUCAAGGUUUAACUUAUUAAUCUAUGUACUUAACUGGUAAAGAUGAGAGAAUUUUUAAUAAUAAUUAUCAAUGUUUUGGUGUCAAUAUUAGAUUAUUAGGUGUUGAUAAAAUUGUUAAUAAAAUUGUGUGCUCACUUAAACAUCGUAUAAAUUCUAUACUGCUGAAUAGGUAAGAUCGUAAUUUUAUUACAAGUUUAGCUAGAAGAAUUGUAUCUAGAAAUUUGUAUAGAAAAUAUGUAUGACUCUAACAAUUACAGUAGAUGUUUAAUCGAUAAACAAAAUAGUCAAACUGUUUCACUGAUAUAGUAAAUAUAAUACGAUAUUAACAUCACUUCCAACAUUCCUUUGCUUCUAUAAUUAUAAAUCAAUCAAUUUACGAAUGUGAUACUUUUAUAAGUAUUGAACAUCGAAAUUUUUAAUUCGAAGCAAUGAGUAUGUUAAAGCGUCUUGAUAUAUCAAAAUUGUAAUUUGAUAUCUUUUGAGUGAUUCUGAUCUACGGAACAAAUGUAAAGAAGUCAUCUCUAGUUUUAGGCAUCCACCAAUAAGUUGUAAGAGGUUUUGACGGAGCUUAAAGGCUUAUGUGGAUGAGUAUUGAGAAACAUCUGCCUAAAAAGCUAAGCCAAAUAGUUUAUAUAUGGUGAACUAAGGGUUGUGAAAUCGCAAAGUGCAGAAAGUAAGCCAUGAACAUAUUUAUGGUUGCAAUUAUUUAUUAUUUAGAUAGAAUUUUUUUUACACGUUACUUAAAAAAAUUAUAAGUACUUAACCCAAUAUUAAUGCAUUUAGAUUUUUUUAAUUUAUGUUCUUGAAAUUUGAGUCCAUUUUCGGAAUUUUUCUCUUUAUGUUGGUUGUUCCACAUAAAGAGAAAAAUUCCAAAAAAUUAGUGUUUUUGUUAAAAUGUGCUAUUAUUUUAUAUAAUAUAAAAAGAAUGAUCCAAUAUAUUUAAAUAAGGUAUUUUUUAUGUCAACCUAUAUAUUACGUUCACCACAAUGGCAAAAGUUGACAAUGUCUCUGACUACCUCGUUAGGGAUUAUUGUCGUGAGCAUAUUUAUUUUUUUGAAAUUUUCCAAGGAUAAAUUAAAUGGUAUGUAGUGGAGAAAAAUUCCACGUUUAAUUCAUUAUUUAUCUAUCACUUAAUACCCUUGCCUUAUUUGCGACAUUUUGCUUGGCUAAACAUCUAUCACUGUUAUCGACAUUGAUGUAAAAACAUGUAAUCGACUGUGGACAUGUAAUUUUCAACCGACUUCAAAAGGUAGAAGGUUCUCAAUUCUGUUCGAUUUUUACAUGUUUGUUACCUCAUAACUCCGUCAGUUCUAAAUCGACUUGAAUGAUUCUUUUUGUAUCUGAAAGUAUAUUAAUAGAUUGGUUCCAUAGAGAUUUUAUCAAAGUCGGUUCAGUAGUUUAAAUUUGACAUUAAAAUAACUCGUUUUAUCUCGAUUGAAGUCGGUGUUUUUUGUGGGAUACAUUCUUUAAUUAUGUAUAAAGAGAAAAAUAUUAUUUUCUUUCGAGAGAUCUAUUAAAAAAAUAUUUUGAUUGAAAUAAAAGAAAGAAUUUUCUUUAACAAAGCCACUGUUCCAGUAUUUGGAAUUGUCUACAAUUAUUACAAAAUGUAUUUAUUAAGUAAUUAAAAUCAUGUAAUAUGUUAAGCAUUAAUAUUUUUAAAACUAAUUUUAAAAGUAUCAAUAAUAGAUUCCCAAUUGCGAAAUAUGAUACAAGAGAACGUGUAAAGUCUUUCAGACUACAUUAAACAUUUUAUUUACCAUUAGACAUUUGGCACUCACUCAAUCACUCAAUAAAUUAUUGAAAUUUUCAUAUUGAAUUAAUUAUUUCUAAAACGAUUUAAGUUCAUCAUUUUCUAAUAUUUAAAAGGGCAAAGCAUUUUAUGUUUCACAAAAGUUUCAAAUUUCAUAACUUCAUUGUAUUAAAAAUUCUGUGAUCGCGGCAUUAACUAGAAUAAUUCCAUCAACUCGUAUUUUAUUACCCCAUAUAUUAGUUAUAGACUAAAUUAAUAUAAAAAUAUUUUUGUUCCAUAAAACAUAGUUUUAUUGUAAGAAAUUGGAAUAUUUAUUGGUUCUUAUAUCAGUGAUGAGACUAGGAUGUAAAUAUAGCAAUGUAUUCUAUUUAUUGUAAAUAAUAUUUUAGCAUAAGCAUUUUAAAAUAGGAGCAAAAUACGAUCUAUGGUUUCUACCUACCCCAAAUGGAUAAAGCGUGUGUUUACAAUACUUAUAAUUAACUUUUCAAUGUUGUUGUGAUCUUAGAGAAAGGUAUUCUUAAUUGUAUUUAUAUAGUAGUUAAUUAUAAAUUAAAUGUUUCAAAAACGUUAUAGCGAAUAUAAAUGAUGAGAAUUU